AUGUUCAUCAGUCGUUUUACGCUGCAGGUUGGCCUGUCGAUUCUCACAGCAUGGCUGGUCUAUUUUAUUGCAAAGUUGGUGAGGGUGAGAAGAUCGUAUAGAAAUUUGCCAAAACCUCCACACAGCUUUCUAUGGGGCCACUUAAAGCUCAUGGGGGAAAUGACAGCCAUGUUCCCAUCAAACAUGCAUCCACACGCCCUCGUCACAACCAUGUCUCAAAAGUACGACCUCCCAGGAGCAUUCUACCUCGACCUUUGGCCUGUCACGGAACCCUGGCUUGUCAUCACAGAUCCCGACACCGCUCAGCAUACCGUGCUGAAGGUCUAUCCCAAGCAUCACGCCAAUGCCGACGUGCUGGAACCGCUUGUCGGAUCUGGCAACAUUGCUGCGGUCAAUGGGGAAGAAUGGAGGGUGCUUCAUCGUAUGGUCAGUCCAGCGUUCAAUUCGACGCAUAUCAAGAAUAUGUCGGCUAUGGUUUCAGACCAAGUAAAGGUUUUCGGGGACAAGCUGAAGAAAUUUGCGGAGACUGGGGAGGUGUUUUCGUUGGAGAAGCAGCUAUCACAACUACUGUUCGAUACUACCGGAAUGACGGUGUAUAACAUCCUCUUCCACGCACAGACGAUCGAGAGCGCGUGGUUGAAAGACAUGAAGGGUAUCCAGGAGAACUGGGUCAUCCAGCGGGAAUCCUGGAACCCAAUCACGAAAGCCGUCCACAUCCUGAAGCGCAAAGCAGCCAGCUGGCGCGAUAACCGCUACGUCAAGCAAAAGAUCAUCGAGAGAGUCGCUGAAAUCAAACGAGACAACGUCGAGCUGAAAUCACGAAGAGGCCUCAGCAUCCUCGACCUCCUCCUCUUCGACCGCUUAGAGGAGUUCAAGAACUCGAACAAAAGCACGGCAGAGAUCCUAGACAAGAAGUUCAUGAACAUGAUGCUCGUCAACCUGAAAGCAAUCCUCAUGGGCGGCCAGGGUACCACAACCGACACCCUCUGCUACAUAUUCAUGCUGCUCUCCCUCCAUCCCGUCGCCCUCGCACGUCUGCGCGCUGAGCACGACGCCGUCUUCUCUCCCUCCACCAUCACCACGCACGACAUGAUCCGCGACACCCCGUACAGGCUCAACGACCUCCCCUACACCACCGGUGUAAUCAAGGAAACACUCCGCCUAUAUCCCGUCGGCUUCGUCGUCCGCUCUGGGGAUCGUACGGGGCACCUUCCUUACAACGGCGCCCAGCUCCCAACCGCCGCCCACAUGAUCUGCCUGGCGCACCCGACGAUGCACCUCAACCCCUCCAUCUUCCCGUCGCCGAAGGAGUUCCGCCCAGAGCGGUUUUUGGACGGCGCUGAGGUGGAGAUACCACGCAAUGCGUAUCGGCCGUUUGAGCUCGGUCCCAGGGGGUGUUUAGGAAAGGAACUCGCGAUGGACGAGAUGAGGAUUGUGCUGCUAUUGACUGCGCGGGAAUUUGACUUUGAGUGUGCAAACGUUGUGCCGAAUGAGAAGCCGCGGUGUGAAUGGACGGAUUUGGAUACCGUAGUAGGCGAUGUCGCGUUUCAAGAGUUGGGGUUUGAGGCGAAGCCGAGGGGUGGGAUGAUGAUGAAGGUAUCUAAGAGGGUUGUUUGAGUAAUUCAGGCGGCUAGUGUGUGUAUAUAUGGGUGGUAUGCGAUGCUCGAGCGGGUGCAGCAGACGUGGGCAAUUGGUCAACAAGCAACCGCUGCACCUACUGACGAAAAGUUCGAAUGGACCGUGGUUGGAGAUUCUUUGAUGGGAAGUUUCUUUUGUUUUCUGCCUUCAUUAUUUUUGUCUCGUGUACGAGGGGUUUGUUUUCAUUAUGUUGCGCUGUGUGAUACUGUCGUCGAUGUUCUUGGACUAGUCGAUCUUUCGUUAGCGCUUUCACGUUCUUUCAAAGGCAUUCUUUUAAAUUCAAAUCAUUACUGAAUUCAGCAGAGGCGGUAACGACUUUCCUUGAGCCUAAUUCUAUUUCAAACCAUUACCAAAUUCAGCAGAAGAAGCAACAACGUGAUUCGAUCUUGAUCCUUUUUCAGAUCUUUACCAAUCAUCAAGCAACCAUC